AUGGAUUUCGUCAAGAACGCUAUGCACAACAACCAGGGCCAGCCCGCUGCUCAAGGCGCUGCUGCUCCAGGCGCUGCUCCCCAGGCUGGAGGCGUCCAGAAGGACGACUACGUUGACAAGGCUUUCGGCAUGGGCUCCAAGAAGGCUGGCUACAACAUGAACCGCAACACCCAAGAGAAGAUUACCGAUGCCGGCCGAAGUAUGUAUGAGAAGGUGACGGGAAAGCAUGUCGACCCCAAGAUUUCAAAUUAA